CUCUCUCUCCCCUCAUUUUCCCCUUUUCAACCUAGCUCUAAUUUAAAAAAAUGAAAUUCCCCCUUCUCGUGACCGACGCAGUCGACGUCGUCGUCGCCCGUCUCAACUCUCUUGUUGGGAACUUGGAUUUUUGUCUUGUUUUUCAACUCCGUCGCUGUCGCCCGUUACCCGCCGCCGUCACAUUCGUCGUUGUUGUCGACCUCGCUAUCGUCCGUCGACCGUCUCAACUCUCGUGCUGAAAAUCGUACAUAUAAAUUUAGUGAGAAUUCCAUCCAACGUUGGCUACUUCCGGGACCUUCUUUAAAAUCGUAUUUCUGCUACAUUGUUGGAGGAUCAACAGACAGCCCUUCGAGAUACUCCAUUCUAUGGCUAUUUAGAUGUUCCAGAUGUUUCAAUGCAACCACUUCUAGUGGAUUGUUUGUUGGAAGUAUUUGAUGUUGAAAAAAGUAGUUUCAAAAUUGGAAAAAAAUGGAUCUCCUUUGGUGUUGAAGAUGUUGGGAGAAUUACAGGCCUUCCGAUGGGAGAAUCUAUAGUAGAUACGAGGUUUCAUAGACGUGAUCGCGAUACAUUCUACAAGCUUAUGCUUUCAUAUAGGACUAAGGCUGAAAUUGAAGAGGAUAUGAAGCGUAGUACUAGAAGAGGAAAGAAGAAAAGUGAUAAGGGUAAGAAGAAGAUUGUGUGUGCUAGAGGGGAUAGGAUGAGUAGACUUAUUAAGGAGAUAGCCGAGCAUAGAGAUCAUCUUUUACUACAGAUGCUCGUGGCUUUCAUUAUAGGCUUUAUAUUAUGCCCUCAAUUUAGUAUGAGUUGUCCCUUAUUUGAAUUUAGAUAUGCUGAGAAAUUGGACACUCUUAAGGAGUUUAAUUGGGCUGAAUUAGUAUAUAAUGUGUUGUGUACUGAGAUGAAUAAGGCCAAAAAAACCAUCACUAAGAGGUUUGAGGGAAAUCGAUCUAGAGGUGGUUAUAUGGGGAGUUUUGCCUCGGUUUUGGUGAUUUGAUUUUAUGAGCUUGUGGGAAAGUUAAGCCUUCGCGUAGGAGCUGAAUCCUUACCACCCAUUCUAAGCUUCUACAAGUGUCCGAGAUCUUUUACAAAGGAAUGUAAUGCAGGAUUUAGUAAGAGACCCGGAUAAUUUUAGGAAGCAUAAUAACGACUCGAGGGCCCUAAAAUUUGAAAACAUGAUUACUGAAGCUUCCACUACCACUACAUCCACUGCCACUGAAUCUGCCCCUACAAAAUUCUAGAGAAAGGUAAUCGCUGAAGCUAAUUUGGAUCAGUUCAUACAUGAAAAGUGGUAUUAGACCUUAUAUUGUAGAUGAAGAGGGAUAUAUUUGUAAAAAGCAAGAGGAUGUUGAUAGUGAUGGAGGAGAUGCAGAUGACGGGAAUGAUGGGGAUGAUAGUGAUGGCGGUGAUGAGGAUGAGGGGAAUGAGGAGGAUGAGGCGGGGGAUGAUGAGGGGAAUGAGGAGGAUGAGGAGGGGGAUGGUGGAGAUAUUGAUGCGGAGGUUGGUGGAGAUGCGGAGGUUGGUGGAGAUGUAGAGGAUGGGGGUGAUGAAGAUGUUGAUACAUUGAAUGUAGAUAAAGAUGAUGGUAGAGAUAUUGCUAAUGAUGAAGUGGGCAUGGAUUCAACAGAAUUGGAUGAUGACGCCUUUGUUCUUAGCCCGCGCGAUAUUGUGUUGAUUGAAGGCAUGCGUAAAACCCCUUCUAUCAAAAGAACAGUUCUAUCGAGAUCUCAGCUUGCUAAACCAUCUAUGCAUUCGCCCUUCGUCCUACUUGUUAAUCGAAAAGGAGUAUCAAAUUAUCCGGGAAGGAAGGAAGUAAGGGAUGACGAGAGAGAACUACUCGAUAGCUUUUGGAAAGACAAAAAUAUUGCCACUGAGACAUUAGUGUGGUCAUCUAGUGAUGCUUUGUUAACACGUAAUGAUGCAUUGGAAUUACUUAAAGGAGAGGCAAUUAGUUGCGACGUAAGUACCCGUUCUUUUCAUGCUUUACACAAUGCACGUGCAGUAUAUAACACUAAUGUUUAUAAUUUUAUUAUGUACAUUUCAUGUUAUAGCCUCCUAUGUUGUGCUUCUAAAUAUGUUGAUGGAGAUGUGUCCAAAAUAUGCAAAGGACAUACACAUAUGUAGUCCAUAGGUAACUAGGUGCAUCAACGAAAAUAAUCCGUCGAGUGUAGAACGCAUGUUUAAGCCAAUAAUGACUACACGUUUCAUUGAACUUGAUAAGAUUAUUUCUCCAUUUCUAACUUCAUUUUAUUGGCAUAUGUUGGUAUUAUAUGUAAAGGAUAGAAGGUUUUAUCAUUACUCUUCUCACCGCGGGUACAAGUCUGAUGCUAUUGAUUUUAGAGUGAAGCUUAUUUCUACCAUUCCUGAU